AUGGAGCUUAAGAAGGAAACAUCAUUCGAUAUGAACAAAGAGAAAGCAAAAUUAUUCAAGACAAAAAUAAAACAGCUUGCUGAAUAUAAUGAGAUAGUUUCGGCCGAAACUAUCAAUGCGAUCGGAGAUGUUACGAAAGAUAUUACGAAAGAUAUGACCAAGGAUACACCGAGCAGCGACGAGUUCGAUGAGGAUCUAGAAGAAGAAUAUCGGAACUUGAAUAACAUGCUCGAUUUACCGAACGAUACUUACUCUCUUACUAAAAUUACAGCGGAGUUACCAUUGUGCGUCAAGUAUGGUGUUCGUUCCGGCCUCAUUCACUCAAACAUGCCGUAUUUCUCACCGUUAUCUAGAGGGUAUCAGGGUGGCGCCAUAGCGAUUGCAGCUUUUGCCACGACCGGAAUUCACAAAUCUCGCUGUUGGAACGAAGCGAUGAUCGAUCAAAUCGUCGAGGACGGCGACACUUUUUAUUGCGAGUCCUACAAAGACGUGAACACGGACGAUCGCCGGACAAUGACCAUCCUCGACUUGAAAAGGAUUCUUCUUCUUCAGAAAAAAUUUAAUGUGGAAGUUAAGAUUGAGGAUCCGGCAUAUGCUGGGAAGUUUCGUUCGCGCAAUCCGAUAGAGCUUCAUCUGGCAAAAGCAUUAGAACUAUUUUUUGAGCGACACAAUGCCGGGAUCCUGACAUCACCGGUGCUCAAUAUAGCGAUCUGGAAGAAUUCGAAGUAUUAUUAUAUAUUUGAUGGUCAGGCGCGACGAGAAAGCGGCGAUCCAGCAGCAGAUAGAGUUAGUGGAUCAGCCAAACUGUUUCUCGUGAAAAACUUGAUAGGAUUACUGUUUAUCAUUCUUGAAAAGAGUAACGUUCGAAAUGAACCCUUUGUAAUUUAUCCUAUAUUCAUCAGCAAUGUCGAAAUGAUUUUACCAGAAGAUGUCGAGGAGGCGAAGAUACUUGAGAAGCCGCGAAGAAGACCGAGCGGUUAUAAAAUUUGUGAAAAAUAUCGAGCUAUCGUACAGGGAUCUUGUCAUCUAAUGCAUCCCGUUAUUCCGGAAGCUCUGCGAGGUAAAGGACAUCUGAUUAUAGCUAUGGCAGCCUUGAUAUAUUCUCGAUUGAUCAAUGCCAAUAAAUGGACGACCGCUUUAAUCGAUUUGAUUUUUAAUCAGGCCAAUAUUUAUCUAAUCGAUCUAAUCAGAGUUCUGGAGAAGAAACUCGACAACGAAUUCGAGCUUCGUUUAGACGAUUUAAUGAGCGAUAUUAUUCUCGGAGUAUAUUCUGCCAAGGUAAAGGUAGAUGCGAAUGUAAUAUCGAGUCAAACGCAGAAAAGUUCUAUUGAAAUUGGUAUAAAAGAGUUCUUUAAGAUGCAAGAACUCGGAAUACUCGAGAUCAAGAAAAUCUUUUACGCGAUCUGGAAGGAUGGUGACUCAUAUUAUUUCUUUAAUCCAUUUGCUUGUGACGAUGAGGGUUUCAGGAUAGAUUACAGUGAUAGAGAACGCAUGACACAUGAUACUACGAGAGAUGUUGCUUGCGUUACCAUGAAUAGCACCGUAAAUGACAUGGUGGAGAUAGUGCUGGAGAAUAUUAGCAAUGAGGAAAACGAUCCUUUCCUAAUACAUGGAGUCAAGGUACUUUAUGUCAAGACUGGAGUGACGCCAAGUGGGCAGUUUGAAAAAGUGAUUUAUCGAGAGAGUGGUACAAACCGUAGACCACGGGCGCCGUUGCCUCUGGUAUCAAUGGAUAUGACAAAAGUUGAUUUGAUCGAUGCGACACCACGCUUACGACCAGAGUCACAUAAAUUUGCAGAUGUGUCUAUUCAAUAUCCGGAGCUUAUGCAGGAUAUAGAUCAAUACAUGAUGACGGUUGAUGAACCAGUAACUUUUAUAAUUGCCCAAGAAAAAGUUAAGAAAAUAAAGAAAAUAAAAGAGAAAAAAGAAGAGGAAGAGGAGGAGGAGGAGGAGGAAAAGGAAGAAAAGGAGGAAGAAGAAGAAGAAGAAGAAGAAGUGAAAGUAGGCUUUAUCAGAGGAUAUGAUUUAAUAAACAAUCACUGUCUUAUCGUUCGUGGUACCAAGACUUGUAUGGAUCUCACAUAUAAUACGCGAUCACAAGGUAGACAAGGAUUAAUAAUCGCUUUGACUGUGUUGGCAUAUAGAAAGUUAAAGGAUCCGACGCGCUGGCGAUGUAUAGACGUAGAUCAAAUUCUUAAUAUAGGCAACAAGGCUUACGAACAAGUUAUAACAUGGAUUCAACAAGGUCGACCGGAAAUAAAAGAAAUGAAAGAAACACGUGCUCCGAGUCAUUUGGAUAUCUCUCUCUUACCUCCUACAUUGAAACUAGCUGAAAACAACGUUUUUUUUAAAACAAGAAUGAAUGUUGCUAAUGGUGAUGCGAAUCCUUUGGCUAAUCUCGCGGAGGCUCUCGAGCGUUACUUUGAACGAUAUUCCGAAACGAUAUUGGAAAACAAUAGAUUGAUGUAUGCGAUUUGGAAGGAGGAUGGAAAAUUCUUCCUCUUUAAUCCUUAUGGUAGCAAUCAGGAGGGAUGGCGUUUUUGGCAAUAUUCAGCUGGCUUCAAUGUAACGGAUCGUUUCAAUGAAUUGAUCAAACUGCUUUAUGGCAUCUUAGAAUACAACAAUUCGCGUUUCUCACUUCAUUUCGUAGCUCUGGACGCUAUAGAACCAGGAAAGUACAAGUCGUCUGUGGAAAUCGUAAUACCGGAGGAGAAAACAGAAAAAUUCCAAACAAAGUUUCUUCCAAUUACCGAUGACGAUUUACUAGAACUUGAAGAAAAGAAACUGGAUGAAGAAGAGAAAGAGGAAGAAGAAGAAGAAGAAGAGGAGGAGGAGGAGGAGGAGGAGGAGGAGGAGGAGGAAGAGGAGGAGGAAGAGGAAGAGGGGGAAGUGGAAGAAAAAGAAUUAAGUGAAUUUCUGAAAGAAGAUCCUACGUUAUUCGUCGAGGAAUCCGUGCAGCCUGAUGCACCUUAUAGCCUAAACUUGGCUCUCUUGACUUCCACAGUGAAGAUCCAAGAUCCGAUUGAAGAAGAGUUAAAGAGCUUACCCGAAGAGAUAAUAAUGGAAAAGAUGAAGUACGAUCAUCCACCGCCAUACGUGAUGCCGCCAAGGGGAACGCUUCGCGUUUUGCUGGAAGCAAAAUUAGCCAACAAGUCGAUCCCAUCUCUCGUAUCGAGAUUCUCGAUCGACUCGAGAUUGGAAAUCAAGAAAGGUGAUGUUCCUGUAGACUCCACAUUAGCCACGAUCGUGCCGUUGCUUCGGGACACGAAACCUUCAAAGAUGAUUAAGCUAUCUCUCAGGAAGUACUUGUACUCGAGAUUGCCGCCUAUCCGUAUGGUGCCUUUAAGAGCUAUCGACGAGAGUUACAUUCAGGACAAAGAAAUUGAUAAAGCAAUCGACGAGAAAUAUCUUGAGCGAGAAAAGCUGAAAAAAAGGGAAAAAGAUAAGAUGUUAGAGAAAUUAUCGAGAGUGUCUUAUGUGAGACCAGAACUGAUACCACGUGGACCGAUAAUUAAGACUCCCGUUUUAGUGAUAAAGCAUCUAACAUAUCCUGAUGAGCAAAAGAGAGCGUUGAAAACUGCAUUUACUAUCAAAAAGAUUAUCACCGAUACAGAAAAACUUCUAUUCAAGUUUAAAUUUCUGAAAUUUCAACUUGAUGUGCCUCUGCAGCUGUUGGACAAGAAUGAUGUUAAAACGAAAAAGACGAAGAAAACGAUAAUUAAUGAGAAAUACUUCGAUAAGAAAUUAUUAAACAAGAUAAGUGGUAAUAAGAUGAAAAAGAGGAAAAAAAUGAUAAUUAAAGCAGAAUACUUCGAUAAGAAAAUAGAGCUUCCGCCAUCGGAAAUUAUUGGUUUCAAAGUCGUGGAUGAAGAUACAGAGAUAAUACAAGGCAAUUAUAGUUUAUUGGAUCGUACAAAAAUUGAACCUUCUCACUUCAAAUCUUGCUUUAUUUCGGCUGUAUUAUGCAUUUUGGCUAAAAACAUGCUAAAUGCAGAUCGCUUUUGCGACAAUAUUCUAGAUUAUUUGAUCUUUCCCGCCAAUAGCAUCGAUCAACAAAUCGGCAAACUGCGAUACAAUGGAUAUAGAACAUUUUAUUUAAAAAUAAUCGUUCUGGAUACAAGUUUCAACAUUAUUCUGAAAAAAAUCAUUUAUGCUAAUCCCGAAAGUUCUCCGUCCGACGAGCUUGAUGCAGUAAUCAAUAAAUUUUUAGAAAACAAUCAAACUGGUAUAUUGGUGUUAGCAAAUUGCGCUUAUGCAUUUUGGACAGCGGACGAUAAAUACUAUCUCUUUGAUCCUUAUCCUUGCGACGAGAAGGGAAAGGUCAACGAAGAAGGCUAUUGCUGUCUCAUGAGAUUUCGCAAUUUAAAAUCCAUGCUCGACAGAAUUAAAGAAAACGCUGAUAAAACUGUAAGAAAACCUUUCCGUAUCUAUAGCGUAUCAGUCAUUUACGCAGAAAUGAAAAAACGGAAACGAAGGAAAGGUAUCAAGCGUCGCCCGAAAUUAGAAGAGAUGACGAAAGAGUUGAUUUCUAGCGAAGAAAAACUGGCUGUAUCAACGCCAACAGUCAAGUCGGAAGUGUCUCUGAUCGAGUUAGUCAAAUGGGUUACUGAGGGUCCAGAACUGGAUCCUCAUUGUGAUGUCGCGAUGGCCGGUUUUAUACCGAUGCGAUAUUACAAGGCCUCGGUGCUCGACAAAGUUGUUUUGGAGAAGAACAUUACGACGCCUACAUUAGCACCGUUCGAGCUAUUAGAGGCUCAAGAUAACGAGAAAAUGGAGAAGGUGAGAAUAAUACCAUUUGAGAGAAUAUUUUAUAACAACUCGUCCAUCCAGAUCCCAAUUGAUCUUUGUAUCAUGGCGUGGUCAUUGAUUCAUGAUCUAGCCUCUUGGUCGGAACGCACUAUCGAUGGCUUAAUUGAGGCUGCCAUCGAUUACGCCUACGACAGCGUGUUAGCUAAUGAAGACACUUCCGUGAGUGAUAUGACCGACGCGGUAUUACCGGAAUUCGAAAUAGCAAAUUAUGUGUUUCGGGCAGUAUUUGCGCCGUUACAUUAUGGGUUCUUAUAUACGAAGAAGGGAUGGAAUCUCGCAAUGACCGUGGAGAAAAUAUUCGAAACAGCGAUCUACACUGGUGGGAUCAUUGUCUGCCAUUCCGCUCACAUAGGUGUCACGAAAUGCGGCAAGAAUUACUUUGCCUGGUGGACAGUCACAGGGACGAAAAACCUGAGAAUAAUUGUGACUAGCUGCUUUGACGAGUUUCUUAAGCUGAUCGUUAAAGUGAUCAAUGUGCCUCAGACGAUUGGAUUUACCGUAAGAGCGAUCACCAUAUCCCACGCUCUGAAAACAGCACCAGAUUUCAGCGAUGUCAAAGGUCUUCAUGAGCCUAGAGUAACGAUGGCAUCUCUACCAGAGAUUUAUCUACCAGAGAAAGAGCUUCAGGAUUCUUAUGAUGCCAAAGCGAUCUUCAAACCAAUCGCUCUCGCACCGAAACCGAUCUUCAUACUUGGAACGGUAGCUCUUCGCAAUCGCGACAAUCUAUUGGAGCCACGGAUGAAACGUUGCUAUUUCAUCGCGUUAUUGGCUGUUGUGGUAAAGAGAGAUAUCGUUCAGUCGCCACUCCCUGGUAUGAUCGACAGAAUUCUCGAAGUGGCGGAAAAUUUGUACAGAGGAUUUCCUGCCGAGUCAAAAUUUCAUGCGGAGCAUAUCUUGCGAAAUGUCCCGCUGAUGAACAGGUUCUUUGAUCUGUGUGAUUGCGCGUUACCCUUAGUUGUGUUGACGACGAAUUCUCAGACUGGCAGAAAUGAUUUUUACGUGCAAGUGAAACACCAUCUAAAACGUUAUUUUAAGAUGUACACGAGUGGUAUAUUGCACUUUACAAAUUGCUGCUACGGCUUUUGGUACUCGAGAGCGACCAAUUGCUAUUAUUAUCUGGAUCCCUAUCAAUGUGAUACGAAUGGCAGAAAGACUUGUGCCAACGGCAACGCCUGUCUCUGUAUCUUCUCCUCCGUAUGUCAAAUGGUGAAACACAUGUGCCUUAAUCAAUACGAAGGCACGACUGGAUUCUUUCUCCAUAGAAUUCACGUAAAUUCCAUCAAUGCGCCGCCGUUUGAGAAGUUUCAGGAAGAUCCAAUGUGGCUCUAUUUGGACUAUCACUGGAACUUCACGCAUUCAAUUAUGAGAUCGUGUAAGAAAGCGAAGUACGGCGAUAGGUCAAAGGCCAAUCGGCAAUUUUGGAACAACUAUGCGAUUGAGGUGAUCGGUCUAAUUUAUUCCAUCUGGGGCACGAUCGGCGCUUAUGAUUGUCGAUUCGGUGAACGAGCUGGGAAAAAUUGCGUCGCCAUAUGCGUAGCUGUCCUGGCUAUGCGGAAUCUUUGUCAUCCUUCGCGAUGGAGUUCGGCCAUCCUGGAUUCGGCCGUUAUUUGCGGAGAUUCCUACUACACGGAAAGCUUGAAGAGUUUAAUGCAGAGCUGCUCGAAGUAUGAUAACAGAUUCGGCUUGCAAACUUCCUUCAAGAUAUUUCCACACUCAUGGACCAUUGAUUUCGGUACUAGUGUAUGCGGGAUUCUGUAUGGCGAACAGAAUAGCUUAACAUUAACCGACGCGUUGAACUUUGCCUUUGAAGAGGCGCGUAACGUUAUCAUCGUGUGCAACAGGAUCGCCUUGGCAGCUUUGGCGACUAAAGAUGCUUAUUAUGUUGCUGAUCCUUGCUGGAUCGGUCCGCCGUUGUUUUCGAGAAAUCGUGGCGCGAUCUAUGUUCUACGUUGCAAAAAUAUGAACGUUCUAAUAUAUGCGAUCACGAAGAUGCUUAAUACCAAUCAGAGACUUAGCGUAUACGUCACGUCGUUAAACCUCAUGUUCGACCGAGAAGAUUUCGAAAUGGAUCUAUAUACCACGAGAAGGAAGAUUCUGCCGACAUCUAUACAAAAAGUUCCGGGAAAAAUCAAAGACCCCGCCAUACCUAUUCCGGGAGCGGUCAUAGUACCUGAUGAGGAUUCUUACUUACACAUAUAUCGUCAGUGUCUUGCCGAGAGAAUUGCUAGAGAUUCGCAGCUGGAAAGUUUACAACUUCCUUGUGCGGAAUAUGUACUGAAUCCCGAAAAUGUGAACAAUGCGCUCGUGAGCACCAAGUGGCGUAUGAAUCUUGGUCAAGCACGUUCUCGGAAAAGACCCAAGCUAUCUUUGGAUUCUGUCGAGAUAAAGGAUGAUUUAUUAGAAUUUAAUGAAUCUAAUUUUUUGACAAAUCUGUAUAAGAUGCGAAUUUCCAUCACAGAUUUGAUUACCGCAAGCAAUCGUUAUCCAAGACCGAUAGACUUCACCAAUAACGAGUCUCCACCUAAAAUAGAAUUGCUCGACAAUAUCAGCGAACGUGGUUUUAUCAAUGAGCAAAGUUAUGUAAAUUUCGACAAGAGCGUCGCAGAAAUGUCUCAGAAAAAUUAUGCUAAUUAUCAGCAUCGUCUACCUAAAAAUAACAAAAAUCCAAUUGAAACUAAGAGUAUAUAUAGCAAAUCAAGUGAUGUAACAACCGAUACAGAACGAGAAUAA